UCUCUGCGCGAUGUGGAGGGCUGGAGAGCGCUGGUUCCCAGUGCUGCUGGGUUUCAUGCCCAUGCUGAUAACAGUGGAGCUCGGCCGCGGUCCAGUCUCACACAGUGUUAACGAACCAAGCAACAUGUCAUAUGUCAAAGUCACAGUUGAUAAACUGCUCAAAGGCUACGACAUUCGGCUCAGGCCAGAUUUUGGAGGUCCUCCGGUGGAUGUUGUGAUGAGUAUUGAUAUCUCUAGUAUCGACAUGGUGUCUGAAGUGAACAUGGACUACACCAUCACCAUGUAUUUCCAGCAGUCAUGGCGUGAUAAACGCUUGUCCUACACAGGGAUCCCUCUGAAUCUGACGCUGGAUAAUCGUGUGGCCGAUCAGCUCUGGGUUCCUGACACUUACUUCAUAAACGACAAGAAAUCCUUUGUUCACGGGGUCACUGUCAAGAACCGCAUGAUUCGCCUGCAUCCAGAUGGAACUGUUCUCUAUGGACUCAGGAUAACUACAACAGCAGCCUGCAUGAUGGACCUGCGGAGAUACCCACUGGAUGAGCAGAACUGCACCCUGGAGAUAGAGAGUUAUGGCUACACCACAGAUGACAUUGAGUUUUAUUGGCAGAAGGGGAGCUCUGUAACAGGGGUGGAAAACAUCGAACUGCCACAGUUUUCUAUUAUUGGCUAUGAAACUUUGUCUAAGAAGGCGGUGUUUGCCACAGGGUCAUACCCUCGUCUGUCCCUGAGUUUCAAGCUGAAGAGAAACAUCGGCUAUUUCAUCCUGCAGACCUACAUGCCCUCAAACCUGAUCACCAUCCUGUCCUGGGUUUCCUUCUGGAUCAACUAUGAUGCCUCUGCAGCACGGGUAGCUCUAGGAAUAACAACUGUACUAACCAUGACUACAAUCAACACCCAUCUGCGGGAGACGCUGCCUAAGAUCCCCUACGUAAAGGCAAUUGAUAUCUACCUGAUGGGCUGCUUCGUCUUUGUAUUCUUGGCUCUGCUCGAGUAUGCAUUUGUGAACUACAUUUUCUUCGGCCGAGGUCCUCACCUGCAGAAGAAAGUGGCAGAAAAAGCUGCUAAGAGCAACAACGAAAAGAGCAGACUAGAGAGCAACAAGGUCCAGAUGGACCCCCAUGGGAACAUUGCCCUCACCAACCUUGACCUUCGCCUCACUGGGGCUGAGAUGCUCGGGGGUCUUGGUGACCCUCGAAAUACCAUGUUCUCCUAUGACAGUGCCAGCAUCCAAUACCGCAAGCCUCUGAGUGGCUGUGACCUCUAUGGACGACCAACUCCUUCCCUUGAGCGGCCCAUCAAGCACAAGAAAAGCCGCUUGAGGAGGCGGGCCUCUCAGCUUAGGAUGAAAAUUCCGGAUCUAACAGAUGUGAAUGCCAUUGACAAGUGGUCGCGGGUCAUUUUCCCAAUCACUUACACCUUCUUCAACCUGGUCUACUGGCUUUACUAUGUUCACUAGGAGACAGCAGUGCACAUAGCUCUGCUUCCUUCACUCAUCAGGUCUGGUCAGGCUUUUCAACCAUUGGUUGGUUCUGACUUACUAUCAAAAAAGGGUAAGAAGUCCAAAAGUAGUAUUUUCUCUGUAAAUAUAUCUAAUUAUAGGAAUAAAUAAAUGCAUAUAUAAUUAAGUACAACAGCUAUUUCAGUUAAUAUUAUCCUAUCUUCUAUAACCGGUACAAUCAUCUAGAUAAUGUAGUGAACAUUCAUUAAAAAAAGACUAAGAGGCUAUCACUCCUGCUUUGUGUAAAAAUGGACUGCAAAGAUCUGACAUUUGUACAACUUUGGCUCUGUAAUGAAGGAAUCAACUCCUAACACUGUGUACAUAUUUCAUAUUAAAAAUUUAACAUUUGCUCUGCAUUGGUUCAGUGCACAAGAAGUAUAUUUAGCAGGCAGAUACCACACGAGAAAAACAAGACUGCGACCAGGAUCGUAGCCAAAACUCAUGUUGUGUGUUCUAUAAAGGAUGGGACCCAGAAUUACUAGCUACGCUUAUGACUGCAACAAUUCUAGACAAAA